UCAACAGCACAUGUAAAAUCGUAUCAAAAGAGAGAAAGAUAAACCAAUGCAUGUUUGUAGUUGUUAUGUAAAGAGAUAAUGAAAGAAAGAAAAUUGUGACAAAUAAAAAAAGACAACGUGAGAGUUUCAAUAAACAUAGUAAUCGGUGAUAAUAAAAAUGUGUUGAAAUGUUUAUAGUCCAAGAAAAAAUGUCAUCUGGAGGUUUUACAUCUAAUAAUGAAUCCCAUUUUCAAAUUGUGGACUAUUGUGUAUUCUCGGCUAUGCUGAUUUUAUCAGCCACAUCGGGCGCAUACUUUGGAUAUGUCAAGCGACGAACUGAGAAAAAUGCGAAAAGAAAACGAGCGCCUGUUGAGAAUGAAGUAACAAAAAAACCGGUCAGUGAUUUCGGUUCGAAGUCAUUGAAUGAGUACUUGUUAGGUUCUAGGAAAAUGAAACCGUUUCCGGUGGCAAUGAGUCUUGUGGCCAGCUACAUUUCAGGUGUUACGAUUCUAGGAACACCGGCAGAGAUAUAUAAUUUCGGCACACAAUAUUGGUUAAUUAUCAUAGCAAUUGUAUUUAUGGGCUAUACCGUUAGUACGGUUUAUUUACCUGUUUUCACAACACUUCAAGUUGGAUCUUCGUAUGAGUACUUAGAGUUACGUUUUAGUUCAACCGUUCGUACAAUAGCGUCGGUUAUGUUUGUGAUUGAUGAGAUUUUAUUUUUGCCCAUCGUUUUGUAUGUACCGGCUUUGGCAUUCAACCAAGUAACGGGUGCUAAUAUCUAUUUAAUCUCCGGCAUCGUGUGCGCAGUUUGUGUGUUCUACACAUUUGUUGGUGGAAUUAAGGCUGUGGUAUCAACUGAUGCAUGGCAAGUGAUUGUGAUGUUUAUAUCUGUUGUGGUGGUCUGUUGCUUGGGCACUGCAGCUAGUGGGGGUUUUUUCAAUACUUUCGAGAAGGCAGCAGAAGGGAAUCGAAUCAUUUUGUUCAAUUUUAAUCCAUCUUUAUAUGAAAGACAUACAUUCUGGAGUGUACUUAUCGGCGGCUUUACUUAUUGGACAUCUUUCAAUUCCGUCAAUCAAACAAUGGUUCAGCGAUACAUGUCGCUACCGAACAUAAAGAAAGCAAGACAAUCGAUUUUGAUAUUUGUUAUUGGAGUCAUAAUAUUCCUCUCGUUUUGUUGUUAUGCGGGCGUUUUAAUUUUUGCCGCAUUUCAUGAUUGUGAUCCAAAUUUAGCUGGAUUUGUUAAGAAUGAUGAUCAAUUGUUUCCAUUUUAUGUGAUGCAAACUGUUAGCAAGCUCCGUGGCAUUCCGGGAUUGUUCAUAGCCGGUAUUUUCGGAGCCGCACUCAGUAGUUUGUCCGUAAUUUUAAAUUCAACAGCUGGAGUUUUGUUGGAAGACAUUUGUCGUGGGUGUUUCAAGAGUCAACCAUCUGAGAAAGCAUCGAAUGCCAUUGUAAAAGGCAGUGUACUAGUCUUGGGAGCAUUAUCACUCGUUUUCUUGAUGAUUGUAGAAAAACUUGGAGGAAUUUUGGAAGUUGCGACCUCACUGUCAGCUAUUGCAGCUGGAACAACAUUUGGUGUAUUCACACUUGGAAUGCUUGUGCCAUGGAGUAAUAAUGUUGGUGCUAUAUGUGGUGCGAUAAGUGGUGCGAUAAUGUCAGGGUGGAUUUCAUUUGGCACACAAGCAGCUAUUGCAUCGGGAGCAGUUCAAUCCCAUAAACUUAACAUGUCAAUCGGAGGAUGUGAAACAUUUGGCUAUUACAAUUCAUCGAUUCCACCUGUUGUAGAUGAAUCGGAUGUGUUCCCACUAUAUCGUUUGUCAUUUAUGUGGAUCAAUCCAAUCGGCGUUUCAACAGUAUUAAUAGUUGGUAUAAUUGCAUCUUACAUCAGUGGACCACGGGAUUUAAGAAAAAUCAAUCCCGAUCUCAUAUCCCCAGUCAUACAUCGUUUCUUACCAGAUGAGUGCUUUGCUGUUCAGAAAUAUAAUCGAACCGCAUCAACGGAGCCAACCGAACUAUUUACGCUGAAAAUUGACGAGAAUAGCCGACAAAGUGACUGCCAUCAAACACACAGUGUGGAAACUCAUCAUCUUCCUGACAUUGUGGAUACUUAUCAAACCUAAUUAUUUGUACAAAUUUGAAUUUUUUUACAUUUAUACACUUCAAGGCUUAAAAAAUGCCAAAAAAAUCUUUUGAUAGCACAUCCACAUUUAGUCUUUGACCAACGAACGCAUUUUUUUUUAAAUUGUAUAUCAGCUAAAACAUUAAACAUUGAUGUAACGAAAUAUUUUCAAGGAUAUUGUAAAUGUUAUGUAUAAAAUGUUAUCUAUUUGUCAUUGUAAAACAUUUUCUGUGAUAUUUCGUAUGUAAUCUCUGGUAGAAGAACAAAAUACAUGAUUAACAAAUUGUAGAAACCGAA